AAACAGCUGAUCUAACAAAUCAAGGAUCAAUAAUGAAUGUUCGUUGGUCACCUAAUAAACAUAACUGACACCUGAGACAGUGACAGUGAUGAAAGUGAAUGUAAAAUAAUUAAUAACAUUAAUGUAGUUUUUGCGCCAAACACCAUUUGAAUAAGGAGAAAUCCUCAGUUGUUAUUCUAGUUGAGUUCUGAAAUUCGGAUAUUCCUAGAAAAUAUGAAUCUACCUGAUUCUGAUAGUGAGGACGAAUUACCUCCAGGUUGGGAAGAAAGGGUUACAGUGGAUGGUAGUGUUUUUUAUGCUAAUCAUCUUACCAAGAAUACUCAAUGGACACAUCCAAGAACUGGAAAGAAGAAAAGGGUAUCAGGAGACCUUCCCUUUGGAUGGGAGAGAUGUAUUGAUAAAAAUACUGGGAAGGUGAUUUAUGUGGACCAUGAAAACAGGCGGACUACUUAUACAGAUCCUAGGUUAGCUUUUGCAGUGGAAGAAAAGGAACACGUCAAUGAUUUCCGACAAAGGUUUGAUGCUUCUAGUACUGCACUUCAAGUUCUUCAUGGGAGGGACUUGAAUGGUAAAAUUGCUUUGAUAACAGGGGCAAAUGCUGGUAUAGGUUUUGAGACCACAAGGUCUUUGGCUAAACAUGGUUGCAUGGUUAUAUUGGCCUGUCGAAAUCUUUCAGCUGCAGAAGAAGCCAUCAAUCAGAUCAAGGAAGAGAAACCUGGUGCAGGUGAUAAUUGUAUUGCAAUUCACUUGGAUCUAACUUCUCUUUCAUCAGUGGUCCAAUUUGCAAAUACGGUUAAAAGCAAAUAUGAUGGAAUUGAUAUGUUGAUUCUGAAUGCUGGAGUUUUUGGACUUCCUUAUAGCAAAACACCAGAUGGAUUUGAAACUACAUUUCAAGUAAAUCAUCUGUCUCACUUUUAUUUAACUAUUUUGCUGAAGCCUCUGUUAGGCCCUGGAUCAAGAGUUGUUGUUCUUUCUUCUGAAUCCCACAGAUUUGCUAAUUUAACCAUAGAAAAUAUAUCUCCUUUGACACUUUCGCCUGAAUCCAGUAGCAAAUACUGGGACAUGAUGGCCUAUAACAAUUCCAAGUUAUGCAACGUUCUGUUUGCAAGACAGUUGGCAAAAAUCUUGAAGUCUGAUGGUAUAUCAGUGUUUAGUUUACACCCGGGAAAUAUGGUCUCUUCAAAAUUGGGUAGAAACUGGUGGUUGUAUAGAGUUUUAUUUGCUAUUGUAAGGCCAUUUACAAAAAGUUUACAACAGGCUGCAAGUACAACUGUAUAUUGUGCCACAGCUUUAGAGUUGGUUGGUGUGACAGGUGUCUAUUUCAACAACUGUUAUCAGUGUCAAGAAAGUGCAGCAGCAAGAGAUGAUCAAUUGGCCCAAGCUCUGUGGGAUACAAGUGUUGAAAUGAUUAAAAGCGUACUGGGAAAUAAUGCUCCUGGUAUGGAAUACGAGACCAAAAGAGCAUUGGAAGAGUGAAGUUGAAGAGGUGAAGUGUCAGCUACAGUCCAUAUGGGGCAAUUUUCGGUGUUACAUAUCUGUUGUGUAAUCAUCUCGCUAUUGUUACAAUAAGAAUCGUCCAUAGGUGUAUAUCUGUCAUCAACGCAUUUUGCAGUUCUACUCUGUAUGCCACUUCCGCAUGUUUUACUGCACUGUGAAACGAAACGAAAAAAUAUGUAAAGGUAAUUGAGUCAAACUGAUUUUUUUCCGGUCAUAUCAAUCGUAUGUUCAGUGAAAAAUUCAAUUUUUCAUAUCCUAGCCCUCAGGAAGUUUCAGGAAAAAAGAAUAGUUUAUUUUUUCACUGAAUAGAUAAUGUAAGGUUCCCUAUCAAUUUCAUCUAUUUUACAUUUGGAUUUGAAUAUUCAUCACUUUCAUAUCUGCUAAAAAAGAAUGUCAUAUUAAAUGUGUGCAACCUUCCUGUUUUCACUCAUUUAAAGAAACUAUUGCUAUUAAGCAUUUGAAGGAGGAAGAAUGAUAAUGUUGAAUGUAUCGAUAAAGAUGAAGAUAGAAAUAGGUCCAUCUAAGAGUAUGCUCUGCUUCCUAGAGGUCUAAACUUUUCUUCAAUUAAAAUUUACAAAGCGAGUAAAUAAAUAAUAAAUUCUCCGAAGUAAUGAAAUUAUCAACUACUGAAGUAUAGGGUGGGCCAAUGAAAGAUUGAUAAAUCUGUAGACUUUUUUCUAAGGGGAAAUAUUUUGUGUAUAUUUUCAGCUGUCUCUUUAGAUUAGAGGUAAGUCACACCCCUAAAAUUUUAAAAAGAAUGAGAGGUCAAGUGAUACUUCAACAUGUUUGAUAAUUCCUUAUUUUCACUGGAGAGUUAGUUCUGUAAUUUCUUCUUCAAUUUCAAAAUGUCUUUGAUAAUGACUUUUUCAAAAUUACUUUUGCUUUUGCUUGUGAACAACCUGAAUUGGAAAGAUCGUCACUUAUAACAUAGAAAAUUACAGAUUUCACUCUUGUCUUACCUUUUUCUUGUAGUAAUAUUGCUUUAAAAGGAUUAUUUUAUGCACUCAUUAAGUUUCUCUAACAUCCUUAAAAAAAGGUAGUUUCUUUAUAUGACUAUUCAGACAACAGUGAUCUGUAGGUGGACCUGUUGCAUAACGUAGGUCCUUUUAUUGAGGAUAUUUUUUUUGACCUGUCUUGUCUACCUUUAACUGUCAAGUUCUGAUUGUUGUUCAACAAGACCGUUGAAGUAUCAUCCUCCGUAGAUGCGAUGCCCCACUUUCUUGAUAAAAGUUAUCACUUCUUUAAUUGUUAUACACCAAUAUUUCAUUUUAAUACAAAAAUCUGUUAGAUUAUGAGAGUAAUUUCUUUACAAUUUCACUUGUUUAAAAUAAUAUCUUAUAGAAACUUUUAUCACUUCAGAGAUUUGAUUGAUCUUAUAAGUUUUCUAACAGAUUAGUGAAAUUCAUAAGUAAAUUUAAGUGGUUAGUACUGACCAUUCAUGUAUUGGAAACUAGGACAAUCACGAGAUAUGAUAUUAUUUUAUCAACGUGGAAAAACAGGCAGUGACAAGAAAGUGUAGACUUCUUAGGCAGGGAUGCAAAUAUAUUGAUUUAUUUUCUGUUCAUAUCAGGAAUGUUGCACAAAGUGAAGCAAAAAGUAGUUGAAUUAGAAAGGUUCAUUAUUAAUAUUCAUCAUCAAUCAAGUCAUUCUUUACAGGCUACAAAUUGUUGGUUAUUAGAGAUAUACAAUUUAACCUGAAAUUAGUCAAUCUUCAUGAUUUUUGGUAACCAUUUUUUAAUAAUAGUAAAGAAAUCAUUAAAUGAAACAUUCUGAUUUGAAUUUGUUGGAAUAAAUUGUGUUUGAAAAAUGCUACUCUAAAUUUUUAUCAUUACUUCACCAUACAUUUCCAGUUCAUCAUAAAAUACCUUUGAGUACAACAGACUGAUAUUCAAACGAAACACCAACAUUUAUAUCUGAAUCUAUUCUUAUUGAUGAAUGUAUUAAGUUGUAUCAACAUGUGAUAAAUGUGAAUAAUAAAUAUGUAUAUUGAUGGAUAAA